CCCUCUGCCGCGCAGGAGGGGCGGGACCCGGGGCAGUUUGAAAGUCGGGCGCGCACCGAAGGGCGGCGGUUCGGCAGCGGCUGGGAUGUCGGUGUUAAGGCCGCUAGACAAGCUGCCCGGCCUGAACACGGCCACCGUCUUGCUGGUGGGCGCGGACGAUGCUCUUCUGCAGCGGCUGGCCGACUCCAUGCUCAAGACGGACUGCGCCUCGGAGCUGCGGGUCCACCUUGCAAGGUCCCUCCCUCUGCCCUCCAACGUGAAUCGGCCCCGGGUGGACCUGCUCGUAUUUGUGAUUAAUCUUCACAGCAAAUACAGCCUGCAGAGCGUGGAGAAGUCCCUGCACCACGUGGACGCCAGCUUCUUCCUAGGGAAGGCGUGCUUCCUGGCCACAGGCGGUGGAAGGCUCCCGAGCCGCCAUGGCGCAGCGCCUGGCACGCAUGCUGCAGAUCUCUGCUGGCCACGUGCCCGGCGUCUCGGCCAUGAGCCUGCUGUCCCUGCUCAGGAGCUCCGAGAGCCCCUCCCUGGAAGACCUGUGAGGGCCUCUGGGCCUGGGGCUGCCCCCCACCCUCAACAGCCUAAUGCCAGCUCCGGGAACAGUCGUGGUUGGGGAAGAGGGUCCUGCCUGGGCCACGGUGAGCUGGGCAGGCACAGAGAGGGCCCAGCUGCUGAUCGGCCCCACUCCCGCGCUCCCCCAGCAGAGCCUGGGUCUCAUUGUCUGACAUGAUGCGUCUUCACUGAAGAGUCUGUUUGAACAAAGCGUCCGUGGCCAAAACCAGUCUGAAACCCACGGGUGUCACCCAGCACCGUGCCUUUACCGGUGAGGAGCUCAGCCCCGCCCUGCAGAGUCUGCUGGUGGCCUCCUCGGUGUGAAUGGAGAUGGCUCUGCUCACUUCGUGACGUGGGACAUUCUUGGAUUUUUGAACUUUUUAAAAUUUAUUUUGAGAGACAGAAAGCGUGAGCUCCCAUCUGCUGGUCAACUUCCCAGAUGCCCACAGUGGCCUGGCCAGGUCAGAGCCAGGGAUUCAUCCAGGUCUGCCCUGUGAGUGGCAGGAACCUAAUAAGUGGGGUCAGAGGCCAGAGCCAGGUGUUAAACCCAGGUUAAACUGAUCUGGGACGCAGGCGACUGAACCGGCGUCCUAACCUCUGCACUAAACGCCCGCCUCUCGCCGCAGAUUGCGUGAAGUGAGGGUGAAGUGAGACGAUGACACCCCAGCUUGCUGGAUGAUAUGUUUUGUCAUGCACCGUGUUAACAAUGUCCUGUGCUGUGCCAGCCAAGCAAUCAGUGGAUAGUAGCUAUUAUGUGAGAUGAUGCAAAGCUCGGUUCAAAACAGGAGCAAAUCGGGAGUUACA